AUGUUGGUUAAUAUUAGUGAUAAUGUAUUACCUACAAUCCUUGGCAAUCGGGAUAUACAGUGUGGCCCAAAAGUAACAGGACACAAAGGUCAAGUGUCCAUGAUGAAAACGAAAGAAGCAAAAACAAAGAAGUCCGACGAAUUAGAAGAUGAUGAUGAAUAUGAUUAUAUUAAAGUGCCACCAGAUGGUGGCUUUGGUUGGGUUGUCUUGAUCGCUUGCUUUCUCAUCAAUAUGAUUAUCGAUGGAUUUCUCUAUGCUUUCGGUGCGAUCUCUGACGAUCUUAAACAACACUUUGCCUGUAAAGAAUGGGCCGUUUCUCUGGUCAUUGCAAUUGCUUGCAGUUGUUAUUUGCUCAGCGCCCCAUUAGCUUCUGCUCUCUGUAAUAAAUGGGGUUGUCGACCCAUCGGUAUUAUUGGUGGUAUCAUUGCUGCUCUUUCAGUUGCCGCAUCAGUUUAUGCACCAAGUAUACGUAUCAUGUGGUUACUUUUCGGUUUUAUUGCUGGGAUCGGUAUGGGUCUCGUGUAUUUACCAAGUAUUGUCAUGGUUGGAUAUUAUUUCGAGAAAAAACGUGCCAUUGCUACUGGUAUUGUUACUGCGGGCACGGGUAUUGGUUCGAUUGCAUUUGGACCAUUUUCGCGCUUUUUAUUCGAUAAACUUGGCUGGAAAUACGGUCUUCUCAUUCUUGCCUGCAUACUGUCAGGCUGUGCUUUAUGUGCGUUAUUCAUGCGUCCUCUUAAACCAAUUCGAAAACGACGGAUUCUGGAACCGAUUCAACUUUUAGAUGCUAAUACUGAACCUGCUCCAUCGACCACAUCUGCAUUGCUCAAUGAGAAUAAGGAGAUCGGUGCUAGCCAUUCUUCGCAUGAGGAUUUAAACACAUUGGAAACGGCAACAGAGAAUCGAUUACGAGCUAAUUCGGCUGUUUCUACCAAAUCACGACAAAGUAUUAAAGCAGAAGAUGCUAUUCGUCCGAUGUAUCAAGAAGAUAUUCUCUAUCCUGGUAAUGUACAACAACUUCCUGAAUAUCAAGCACAACCAGAUUUGGAAACGUAUGUACAAGAAACCACCAAAGUACCUGAGACAAAUAAACCAACUGCAAUGAAAGCAUUCUGGGAUACAUUUCUCGCCAUGACUAAUAUUAAUGUGUUAAAUGAUAAAAAGAUGAGUAUACUUUGUUUAGCCAAUAUUUGUUCAAUGAUUGGCUUUUAUAUUCCAUAUUUAUUCAUUAUGAAAAUGGCCAUCAAUGAACGAAAGAUUCCCGAACAUAAUGCCGUCUAUCUUCUCUCACUCAUUGGUUUCAGUAAUACUGCUAUCCGUUUUGCUUCGGGUUGGUUAACGAGGAUUCCCUAUCUUACUCCAUUACUGGCUAAUAAUCUCGGCUUAGCUAUUGCUGGUGUAGUCACAUUACUCGUUCCAUUCUGUAGUACAUAUCGACUUCUGGUCAGCUACUGCAUUGUUUGGGGCGGUGCUAUCGCUUUUCAUAUUUCUCUUACUCCAGUCAUUGUCUGUCAAUUGGUUGGUCUGGAAAAGUACAGUAGUGCAUUGAGUUUAGUUUUUAUGUUUCGAGGUAUUGCUUCGUUGAUUGCUCCACCAAUUAUGGGUGCGAUUCAAGAUUAUACAUCAAGUUUUAAUGUUCCAUUUGUCAUUAGUGGUAUUAGCUUUAUAGUUAGCUCUCUUCUUCAUUUCGUACUCAUGGCUUUUACCCGUCAAUCAACAACAAAAUCGAAGAAGAAAGAGAUGACCGUCACAACGACCAAUGUAUAA